ACGUGUGAGAAAAUCAAGUAUGGAGUCGCCGUUGUGUGCUUAACUUUUUGGCCGACAUAGCACGUGUCGUUCCGUACAGAUUCUGUUGUCAUAAAAUGGUUGUAUGGGAUAGCAUUGCGCAUGUCACAUCGGCAAAAGGGUACAACAAAAACUGCCAUGAUUACCGAAGGAAGCUUCAGCUUCACAGUUUCGAGCAAACUGACAUGGUGUCGUGUUUAUCUCCUCUUGCUGUUUCAAUUGAACUAUAUUACUUAGUGCCUUUGGACGUACACAAACAUUGACCUUCAGUGGUUUCAUAAACAACCGACGUUAAAAGGAACUCACUCAACACCUUGGCGAACGGGUAAAGAUAAACUUUAAGGAAAGUUUUGGUGUCAACUAACAUUGAACUCGAGGCAACUCUGUUGUGUUACGGUUCAACCAAUGAAAAACAUUGCAAUCCCAGACGACGGCAGCUUCCCAAAGAAGAUUUCCACAAAAUACUUUACUUCAGGGAAAUAUUGCUCAGAGGACAUUAUGGCGUUCGCUGCAGCUCGCAUGAUACUCAAAGACAAACGAAGGAAACCGUCGCGCGAAGAGUACUCGCCCAGAAACCGAAGCAAGGCUCGGAGCAAACAGUCAGAAGGAUCGAUACACCUGUCAACAAUUAACCAGCCCGUUGGAUCCCCCAAACCUCCUGUUACAAAGAGCAAUGAUGCUGGCCCGAAGAGCAACUGUCAAUCAGCAAAGCCUACGGGCAAGAAUUCCGGCAAUAACCGAAACAAUCGAAAAGUCAAGAAAGCCUGCAACACUCAACACGAAUUAACAGUCACAAUUGACCUGUCGGAGCAUGGACUAACAGAAGAUCAAGUUGCCGAUUUCAAAGAAGCCUUUAUUGCGAUAGACAAAGAUGAGGAUGGACUAAUCACGGUGACAGAGCUGGGAAAAGUAAUGAAAUCUCUUGGCCAACGAUCGACAGACAAAGAACUGAAGACGCUCGUGCGUGAAGUAUCGAACAGCAACCUGCGCAACAUGGUGGAAUUCAACGAAUUUCUGCAAUUAAUGUCGAAGAAAAUGAAGAACGAUGGAUGCGAAGAAGAGCUGCUCGAGGCAUUCAGGGUAUUUGACAAACUAGGAGAGGGUUGGAUCAUGUCAGCAGAUCUACGUGACGUAAUGCAACAUUUGGGCGAACGAUUGUCUGAUCUUGAAGUUGACGACAUGCUUAAGGAAGCUGAUCGUGAUAACAAUGGCCGUGUCUUCUAUCAAGAGUUUGUCGAGUUAUUGACUAAGUAAAUCGCCUGAAAAAAUAAAAUAUCCACAACAGAAACAACACUUAUUUUUCAAGAAGAAGAGGCUAAAGUGGACGGCUACGGGUUGUGCUUUUUUUUUUUAAAUCAUUUACAAAGAAAAUCAUCAAAACCGAAGAAAAGCUGGUGAACAUUGCGGCUGCUGACGCUCUGUAACCUAAACACAGAUUAGGAUCGUGUUGAAAGUGCAUCAACAUUAGCUUUUGUGUUCUAUAAUGCUGUGCCAAAUUGUGGGUAACGGUGUAACGUCCUUCGAAUGGCAAUAUUAGGUGUUUACAUGUUUUGUUAUUGCGGUUAAAUGUCUGAAUUCGAUGUUAGUUUUGGCACAGGAGCUAGUCACUUCGUCGUGUUCCAUCACACACACACAAACACACACACCAAAAAGAAUGUUAUCAUGUUGCUGUCUUCGUUUUCGUGUUCAUGUGUGCGUGUUUGUCUGAUUGUGCGGGCUUGUAGGAGACGAUAGAGAGUGAGAGUUUCCCUAAUUAGGUUGUUAAAGUUCAGCAAGUCAAUAGUUUUCUUUGGGAAAAAAAAUCCCAUCUUAGCAAUGGCUUCAGUUAGAACCCAAAGCUGUUUGUUGAUUUUUCAUUUGAUGUUUGGUUAUAUUGUUAACUGGAAAAUGCUGGGUUAUAGGCCCGCCGUUGUUCAAAUAUUUGCCAAAGUUUAGUUUCUGAUUGUCUUCGCAUUUUAUGUGUGAAUCGUUGAUCGAGCUACUGGAACUUUCAAAUAAACAAUUUAAAAGAA